AUGGCGUCGCCGAUUUCUGCUGCUCAACACCACCAGGGCCAAGGCCUUCCCUCCAUUAGCAGCCUCACCAAUGGCUUGCCGCCAUCCGCGCCCAUCUCGCCUGAUCAGCAAUCAGCCACAGACUCUACGCGAGAUUCGGGCACCUGGCCCCAACCGCACAGCAGCAAGCGUAAGUCGUCUCCACCCUCCGCCUUGCAUUCCAAUCCCUCCCGCAGAUGUUGUUCAGACCCACUACGCGUCCUGGCCAUCCAUCGCUGUAUCGCCCCGAAGAUUCGCUCCAGGCGCACUUGACCCUGAUGCUUCUGUAUCCCACAUCCAUCUACACCGCACUUACGCCAUCUUUCGUCCACGACAUCCAUACUGAUGCGACGUCGAACAGACAACUCGGCCAACAACCAAGGGCUACAGGUACAUACCUUGUUGAAUCCCGAUGACUCGCCAAAUCGACACUCUGUCCCCAGCACGCCGCAUUCUGCGCGGGCUCCGAAUUCCGCGCAGUCUGCAGGCUCUGCUCUACCGUCCAUCAAUCAAGGCUUUCACGAUGGCGGGAACCGGGAUAGUUACAAUCGCGAUAGCCUAGGACGAGAACUGAGCCGCGACAGCUUCAACCGUGACAGCAGAGAGCUUGCCCCCCAACUCGACUCCCGACGCAGUAGCGUGGACAGCCGCAUGCAGCAAGGCUUCAGCAACAUGUACAUCCACGGGCCGGCUUCCCCCUACGAGAGCGCCAACACUUCACAAGUCUCCCUGGCUGCUAGUCUUCGUCGACCAAAUGGCCAGCCGAUGUCACCGCUCAGUGGGCGCGCCAGUACUCGUGGUCCGGGUCACCCAGCCCCACGGAUCGCGCCCCCGAUUAUGCCAGUUGGACGAGGUCCUGGUGUUCCAGAUCCCACCGCCGCGAAACCCACGCAGGGUUUCGCUUGGGCCUUUCCAGACAGUACUGGGCCGAUACCCGAGGAGAGACGCGGCUCUGAUAGCGGCGAGUCGAGUUCUCACGGCAUAUCAAGACAGAACAGCUUCGCGGCGUCAUCGGUACGGAGCAGCAUCUUCUCCACAGACUCACAGUUACCGAUGGGCCAGAGAAGAUUCGAUGAAAAUGCCGAUCCGAGCACCACUCACCAUCACACCAUGCAGCACCGAACGAUACAAAACCUGCAAACGGAAAGUAUGCCUACGCAGAGCGUUGGCAACUACAGUCGAACGCCGGAACUGCGAGUCAGUCACAAGCUCGCCGAGAGGAAACGACGCAGUGAAAUGAAGGACUUGUUCGAGGAGCUCAACAAGGCGGUACCUGCAAACGGUGGAACGAAGGCGAGCAAGUGGGAGAUCUUGACUAAAGGUUUGUUCGACUAGGCGCCGACGGGCGAUACUGUUGGCUAACACAGGUACAGCGAUUGACUAUAUAAGAAGCACCCAGCAUAACGAGCGAAACCUUCACGCGGAAGUUCAGCGCCUGCAGAGGGAUUCCGAAUACCUGAGAGAGGCGCAUAAGGAGAACGAGAUGCUCAAGACGGAGGUCCAGGUAAUGCACCAGCACUUGCGGCGUCUGGAUCCGAACGCGCCUCACGUCUAUGGCCACUUCACCUCACAGCUGAGCCAACAACAGUCGCAAUCGCAGAGCAACGGAAAUUCUGGAAUUUCAUUACCGCCACUGAAUUCUCAGAACGGCGGACAGGCACCUCCUUUUGGCGGUGUAGCGCCAACUGCGGCCAUGCAGGGCGUGGAAUACGGCUACGGAAGAUAA